AACCUUGGUAGUGGUCUUGUUGAUCUCUCCAAGCGUUUUCUCUCCGUCCGACUGGAAUCUGCAGCUGUCUGAAGAAGAGAUCCUCGGAUCUGAGCGCACUCCGCCGUGGGGAUUAUUAUUUUUUUUUAUUUAAAGAAGCCAGACGUAAACAUGCCUCGGUCAUUCCUUGUCAAGAAGUAUUUUUCCAACAAGAAGCCAUACUACAGGGAGAGCCAACUGGAGAGCCAAACUGCUUUUGUCCCAGAAAGCUUUCCACGGGCUGAACUUCCAACGCAGAACAACUGCUCUGCCCUGACUUGCUACCCCACCAGCCCAUUCUUCAGCAGCAUGGACACCCUGCCUGCACCUCUCUCCCCGAUCACCCCCAUGUCUCUCUCCCCUUCACCGCUGGGCCCUCUGGACCUCAGCAGCUCUCCCUCCAGCAGCAGCAGCGAGGAAGAGGAGGACGGUGGACGUACUUCAGAUCCUCCCAGCCCGGAUAUCAUCCAGCACAUCUACCACUGUCUGCACUGCAGUAACAGUUACACCAGUCUUUCAGCACUGUCCCAUCAUCAGAUGUCCCACCACCAGCUCUCCCACUGUGCUCCACUGCAACAGGCACCUUCUCUGCCCACUGAAGUCUCUGCACGCCCAGCCUUCCACUGCAAACACUGCCCCAAGGAGUACACCAGCCUAGGAGCCCUGAAGAUGCACAUUCGCUCGCACACUCUACCCUGUGUGUGCCCCACCUGCGGCAAGGCUUUCUCCAGACCAUGGCUGCUCAGAGGACACAUUCGCACACACACAGGUGAGCGCCCUUUCGCUUGUCAACACUGUAACCGGGCCUUUGCAGAUCGCUCCAACCUGCGCGCUCACCUACAGACCCACUCUGAAGUGAAGAAGUACCAGUGUGGCUCCUGCGCACGGACCUUCAGCCGCAUGUCCCUGCUGCACAAACACAAUGCCUCUGGCUGCUGCCCUGCCUCAUAGACUCACAUUCCCUGAACUGCUCCCAUGAGCCAGUUCAAGCUGUUUGCUGCUUGCUGGUUCUGUUUUCCCCUUGAUUAGAGCCAAUAAGGACACUGGACAGAUUGGUGCCAGCUCACUUCAAAGCCAUGACGGGACAGAACUGGAGUUUUGUUGCUUUUAUAAAAUUACUUCUUAAGUGCCUUUUUAAUUUUCAGGACUCUGUAGGUUUGAUGUUAUAUUGGUAUCCGCAGCACAUCUUUUGCUGCAUCCUGUCAACUGUGUGUAUGUGUGUAUGAUUUGAGGGCAGCUGGACAUGCAGUUAAUUCCCAGGAAACUCCAUCGGUGCCGGCCGGUCCGGGACUCUGGCCAUGUUGCAGCUGCUUGGGUGUGUGUGUGUGUGUGUGUGUGUGUAUGUGGGCAUGUCAUUCCUCACCAUACUAUACAUGUGUGUGUGUGUGUGUGUGUGUGUGUGUGUAUUAGUAAGUGUGUGUUGAGACAGCUGUCUGUGUAUGGUGUACUGUGGAGGAAGGGCGCUGAGAGACGUGUUAGCUGUGACCUCGACGACAGGUGACCCUCCGCUUGCCCUUCCUCAUGCCAAACUCAUUGUAUGUUAUAUGACAUGAAAUGACCACUUAAACUUGACCAAAAACACAAACAAAUAUUGUCAUUUUUACAAAAAUUUUAAUGAAAUUUUAUUUAGACAUAAUUUUUGGGAAAAUUUUGACCUACAGUUUUUAUGAAACAUUUUGUUGAAGAUGCCUUUCAAAUGGAAAUACUGUGCCUUUUUUCUGCCACAUGUAAAUAAAAGCUUUGUUUAAAAAAAAAAAAGAAAAAAA